AUGUCGUCACGAUACCCCCAUCCCUCAGGCUACGGGGCUCGAGACCGUUCCCCACAACGCUUUCCCGACCGUCGACCACCGGCUGGUCCUCGUGGCUCCGACGAUGGCAAUCUACCGCCGCUCGGGCGAGAACCGCCCCGAGGUCCCAAGGCCCUGACCGAUCCCCACCGGGGUGCCCCCUUUGGUGGUCGUGGACGGGGCUACCCGAGCAGAGCGGAUUUCCGGGACCGUGAUCGGGACCUCCGCGACCGCGAUCGAGAUCGGGACCGAGACCGUGACCGUGACCGAGACCGCGAUCGUGAUCGAGAUUUUCGUGACCUCCGCGAGGGCCCGCCCCCCUUCCGGCGAGACCUCGACCGCGACUGGCCCCGACGCGAUCGAGACUUCGACCCUCGCGAGCCUCGCAUAGGCUUCGGCCGCGGCCGGUCGCGCUCGCCCCCGCUACCCCCGCUACCCCCGCGAGAUUUCCGAGACGCGCGAGAAUCGAUAGGAAGGGACCCCGACUUGGUCCGCAUGCGCCGCGGAUCCCGGGACAGUCUCCUCUCGGUCGGCUCUAACGCCCCCGACACACCCUCGUCCGCGCCGGGACAUCACCCCCGCAGUGGUCCCAUCCGCGGCCGCGGCCGUGGCGAUUGGGACAUUGGCCGGGGUCGUGGCCGGGCCCCGUAUCUGGACGACCGGGACUCAUUCCGCCGUCGCAGUCGAUCUCGGGACGGCCGAUGGGACCGCGAGCGGGAUCGAGACCGUGACCGCGACCGCGAACGGGAUCGCGAACGGGAUCGCCUGAUGGAUCGGGACCGUGAGCGGGACCGGGAUCGUGUGCUCGACCGGGAGCGCGAUCUGGAUCGUCGAGACCGGGAUCGGGACCUCGACCGUCGCGAGCGAUUCGACCGCCGGGACGAGAUCGACCGCCGCUUCGAUCGGGAGGAUCGUGAUCGCCCGGGCGACCAUUGGAAGCGGGAUCGCCCCCCCAGUCGCGCCGAGAGUCGCCUGCCCAGCACCCCGACGCUCCCAGUCGGGCCCCCGACGACCCUCCCCGCGGCGCCUCCGUUGGCAGAUCGACUGCCCGACCCCAGCCCGGACCUGCCCCGCAAGCCGUCGGUCGUCGACAGCCGCCGCGAACUCGACCGCGUCGAGCCUCCGGCGCCGCGCCCGGAACCCGCCAAGGAGGUGCCGGCCUUUGGGUCGGUCACGGCCCCCAUCCCGGAUCUGUCGCCGGAGAAGCCGCCGCCGCCGCCCCCAGAGAGCACCGCCACGGCGGCCACGCCGACCAAACUCGAGAAAGAGCCGGAACGCCCGGAGCCCCCGUCCCGUCCGCCCGUCCACCCGCCGACGGGGCCCAAAGCGGAACGGAUCCCGGCGCCACUGCCGCCCCUGCCGCCGACGGAGCGCCCCCAGCGCCCCAUCGCCCCGAAGCGGUCCGAUCUCUCCCCGCCGACCGCCCCCGCCGCCAUGACGGGCAAGGACGCGGUGGUAUCUCCACUGCAGUCGCCGUCCGCCAUCCGCCCGCCUCCCACCAUGCCCUCACCGGAAAUGGCCCGCACUCUUCCCCCGGCUGGUCGGGGAUCGUCCCCCGACGCUCUGACCUCCCCGCGACCGCAACCCGCAGGGGGCAUCCCCACCGGUCCCCGGGCCCUCCAGCAUCGCGGCUCCAUCUCCCGCGGCCCCAAGGGCAUGAAACAGUGGGUGCGUCCGGGAUACCCGCGUCCGCCGCCGGCAGCCGGCGCGACGGCCCCCCCGAAGCGCGAGUCGAUUGAUGCCACGGCGCAGGGUCCGCCCAGCCCCGAUACCGGCCGACGCGAUUCACACCUGUCGGUCGAUGACGGGUCGGGGUUGGAAGCGGGCGAGAUUGCCCCCGAGCCGGAGGUGUUGCCGCCCAAGCGCGAGCCGCCACGGUCCUCCACACCCCCUACCGUCAUGGAGGCCAAGGCCCGGCCCCCGCCCACGACCCGUCCGCCUCCCGAAGCGCCGGCGGAGGCACCCCUAGAGGUGUCGGCGGAGGUACCCCCCGAAGCGCCGGCGGAGGCAUACCCCGAGGUGCCGGCGGAGGCACACCCCGCUGCGACGGUUGACGAUCACCGGCCCCAGCCUAUCCCAGACUUUGCCCGAUCAAGCGACGAAGAGGAGGAAGAGAACGUGGUGUUUACCCAAGACUACCUCGAGGAACGGCAGCGCAUCUUCGAGAAGGACCUGACCGCGCUUCGAGCCGAUUUGCCGCCGUCGCCGCUGACUGACCCGACAAUUGUGAACCUGCUGUUGCGCAUCCAGCUGCUGGGCAUGAUCGCCAACGAGACGUCCUCGCCCCGACCGCCCACGCCGGCUCCGGCUCCGGCUCCCGUCGAAGGGGGCGAGAAGCUGGACGGGAAGCCCCCGGUGCUCUCCCCGGAUGCAAAGCCAGAAGCCCCGGCAGAUGGUCUGGAAGUUCCGACCAAGAUGGACCUGGACACCCUGCCCCCGGCCGAUGCGGUCACCGUCGACCACCUCCCAUUCCUCCAUUCGGGCCCGCCCACUCCCUUGUCGGAUCUGGACACCUACCACGCCAACAAAAAUGCGAACGAGGCGCGGAAAGACGUCUUCCACUCGGAGAUGAUGAGGCGGCGCAAGGAGGUUGCCCGGAAGAACGCGGCGCUGCGUCAGGAGUAUCUCAACUUCUACAUCCCCUGGCGGUUGCAGAUCUGGGACCUGGACCGUCAAAAGAACAAGCCCAUCGUCUCUCCAGAUCCCGCAUCGCCCCCGGCGGGUGCCCUGGCUGUCACGCCCACGCCCGUUCCCGAAACCCGAGAAGGCCGCGAAGCCCGCGAGGGGCGACGAUACAAGGGCAACAGCGAACUGGACUUCCAGAAUGCCUUGCGUGCCUCCGAGAUCUCGGCCCAGGAAGAGCUGGAACGGCGGCGCGGGAACAAGAUCACGGCGCACCCGGAUCUCGCGCGGGAAGCUGAGAUUCCCGACAUGCUGGAGUUGCCCGAGGCCCGCGCCCGCAUCUACAAGGAUACCAACAACAUUGUCGAUGCGUCCAAGGCCAUGGAGGUCUUUGAGUUCUCCCCGCCGCCCGACGACUUUACCCCUGAGGAACACGAGGUCUUCACCGACGCCUUCAUGGCGCAUCCCAAGAAAUGGGGCAAGAUCGCCGAAUCUCUGCCCGGGCGCGGUUACGCCCAGUGUAUCGUGCACUAUUAUCUCACCAAAGAGGAGAUCAAGUAUAAGGCGAAACUCAACAAACGCUGGAGCCGACGAGGCCGCGCCCGGCGCUCCGCCCGUCCCAAGUCCAACGCUCUCAUGGUGGAUCUGGGCGUCGUCAAGCCCGACUACGUUGGCGAGGAAGAGCCCGCGCCCGUCACGGAUACGGGCCGCCCACGGCGUGCUGCGGCACCCACGUUUGGCGACUCGUCCGCCGACCCCGAUCAUUCCAACGGUCGCCGGGGCAAUUCCGGCAAGGAUGGGGAAGCGCCCGAGAAACCGGCCGGUCGUCGCGGCGGUGCCCGUACGGGUGCCGGCACUCGUGGUGGUCGACGAGGCAAGGCUGCGCAGCAGCAGCAACUGCAACAACAGCUUCUGCAGCAAAAACAGCAGCAGCAGAAGACAGCGACACCGACUGCAGCCGAGCCGCCCGUCCCGCCCCUCCCGGUGGGUGUGGUGGCGUCCCCUGCGCCGCCGACCAAGGUCGAACCGGCCGGGGUUUCAAUGGAUGGCACCAUCGAGACGACCGUUUUGCAAUCCAGAGAGCCCGUGGAACGGGCACCAGCCGAAGCUCCCCCGCGCGUGAAAUCGGGACGUGGUCGCCAGCGAGACUCGGCGUUCGUCCUCGAGUCCACCGAAACAGAGAGCCCAGGGGCCUCGGCGGGACGGCAGUCGGAGAGUGGGCAUGGCUCUUUGCAGCCGACGAGCUACUGGUCGGUCCCUGAACAACGCGACUUUCCUACUCUGCUGGCCCAUUUUGGUCGCAACUUCGAGGGUAUCUCGAACUUUAUGAAGACCAAGACGACAGUGAUGGUCAAGAACUACUUCCAACGGCGCAUCGACUCCGGCCAAAAAGACUUUGACGAUAUCGUUGCGGAUACGGAGAGUAAGAAAGCUCGUGGUGAACGAACCGGCCCUCUUCCAACCCCUAAUCCCGCCUCCAAACGCCGCUACGAAGCCACACCCUCCUCCAUCGUGCCGCGACCUCUGGCACCGCACACGGAGGCUGCCCCCGAGACAGACGACGGCCGACUGGCGCCCAAGACUCAGGCGGUCGCUGCAACACAGCCCGUUCAUUUGCACGCGCGCCCACCGACGGAGAAGGAACGCUCGUGCACCUAUCGCCCCGGCACCGUGCUGACCGAAGACCCUGCGCGAGGGAUGCGCCCGCAGGCGGCCAUGUCGUCACGGAUGCCCGGUCCACCCUUGGGUUACUUUACCGAGGAUCGACGCGAGAUCCCCGCGGUGCUGCCUCAGGCGACCCCACGAUCUCAGGAGACGGCGUCCCUGGCCGCGCGACCAACGCAGGUUUCUGCCGCAGAGAUGUCGCGAAUGGAGCCGUUGCCUGCUCACGGAUAUCGCCCCGCCGACGUGCAUGGGUCACCUCUCCUCGCUGGCCAAUCCAUCAUUCAGUCAUCGCAGCAACCCUAUAUGCAGUCCACCCUAAUGCCGUCGGCCUCUCACUCGCGGCAGACCAGCCUCAGCAAGCCGCCGGGCUCGCCCGCGCCGCCACUGCAGCGAUCGGAGGCGGACGUCUCGCCCAUCCGCCGUGACUCGGUGAGUCAGAGACCGUUCUAUGCCUACCCGGGCCAGCAUCCUGCGAUGGCACAGCCUCCGCCCGUUUUGUCACCGGCCACGGAAGUUCCGCGACCAGGCUCCACGCCUCUUGAGCCACUCGAGACGCCCCGCCACGUCCCGGCGAAACGGUCCAAUAUCAUGAGCAUUCUCAAUGAUGAGCCCGAGGAGCCACAGCCGCGUAAGCGGUUCGCCAGCGACCAGGCAUCGGUGCCGGGCGGAGGUGCGGUGUCUCCGUCGCGACCAGUGUAUUCCGGGGCACCGUCCUACUCGCAGCAGCCACCCGCGCGACUGGAAGAACAGAAACCCCCACUGUACAGCCAACCUAGUUCGUAUGCCCAGCCACCGCGCGGCUACUCGGAGUAUUCGUCGUACGCGCCCAUGUCGGGCGGCUCGGCGCCGACAGGCAACGACUGGAUGGCUCGAUUCGAUCCCCGCGGCCAGCAACCGACGCCCCAGCAAGCGCCUCCGCCGCAACCUAGCACUCGGCCCCCUGCUUCCAUGGCCCCGCAACCGCCCUUUUCUCCCUUCACGUCGGCUCAAUCGCUAUCCGGGCCGUCGCUUUCGACCCUGACGGCGCCGUCUCCCGCCCCGACCCCUUCGCCGGCACCCUCCCAACGGCCCUACGCCGGAUCCGUCUACACUGCAUCGCCCGCACCACACCCUGCGUCGGUGUCGCGCGAGCUUCCGCCGCAGAGUGCGAUGUACCGACCUAGUAUCGGAUCGCCGACCAUGCGGAAUACGGGCAUCCCGUACGGGUCUCGCGCGGGGCCACCCACCCCCAUCCAGUCUCCGUCCAGCCUUCUCGGGGUGGGUCCCCGUCAGGCCUCGGCGACCACGUACGGCUCGCCGGUUCCGGCCCAUGUGCAAGGCCCGCCCACCCCAGUUGGCCAUCAAUCUUACCAGCAGCACGUCCAGACUAUGGUCUCGGGGGCGCAUCAGCCACCGGCGCAUCGGACUCCGCUUGGGUUCAGCGGGGGCCCGUACGGUCGUAGCACGCCGCCGCCCCCACCUCCCUCACAGCCCUCACAGACCUCGCGGGGUCCCGUCCUAGCGGGCGGUCCACCUCCAGGAAUGACCAUGGCCCGGCCAUACAGCCCGCCCACGAUCCUGCAGCCCAGCCCCGCCGCGGGUCUUAGCUAUGCUGCCGGUGGACCUCCGCCGCCAGUCGGGGCCGUGCACCCGUACCAGACCCGUCCGGGGACCUUGGCCGAAGUGGUACACACACCGGGCCACCACCGCGGCUACAGUCAAGGGUCAAACGUGGGACUGCCAGGAUCAGGCACGCCCCAGCAUCCACCCCGUUAA